CACCAUGGGGGGUGGACGUUUCGCUCCGUGAAAUUCCGCGAAAAUCUUUCGAACGCGACGAAACUUUUUCCGCGCUGUGCAAUUAAACAUUGACUAUGUGUUUGUAUGUUUAUUUUUGAUUUAACAAAACUUAUGAAUAAUAAGUGGAUUUUUGUUAUUUUUUGAGUGUAUUUGGACAGUUUUUGGCGGGGAGAUAUUUUUUUAUUAGAUAACUCAAAAAUGAGCGCAUCAGUAGAAAUAGUGUAACAAUCGGUGUGACACGGAAUGGCGGCGCUCGUGUAAACAAAAUGGCGGACGCUUUUGGCGGGAAAGCAGUGCGGGUGCUUCUGCUGCUGCUGGUGGAGAACGUGCUGUGUCAGCUGGCGAGGGAGAGCGAGGACCUGGUGGACUUUGUUCCAGUGUCGACGAUGGACGUGGAGGCAGUGGUGGGGCGCACGGCCUCGCUGCCCUGCGACAUCGAGCCGGACUCGCACGAGGACCGCGUAUACAUGGUGCUCUGGUUCCGACACGCGGGCGGAAAGCCUCUCUACAGUUUCGACGUCCGAGGUCGCAGUUUCAACAAGGCCCUCCAUUGGUCGGACCCCCUGGCGUUCGGCAGGCGCGCGUACUUCGUCACCAUGUCCAGACCCUCGGCGCUGACGGUGGAUGGUGUGCAGCUGGAUGACGAGGGCGUGUACCGAUGCAGGGUCGACUUCAAGAACUCCCCCACCAGGAACUUCCAGAUACGGCUCAACGUUGUAGUACCUCCUCACCAACUGCUGCUGUACGACGAGGCGGGGCGCGACGUCGCCGGAGUGGUGGGACCUCUGGAGGAGGGAGGGAACUUCACUCUGCUCUGCGAACUGCGAGGAGGUCGCCCUCAACCCAGUCUCUCCUGGCUCAUCAACAACAAGCCUCUGGAAGAGCACACGGUGCUGAGGAGCGACGGCAAGCUCAUCAUCAGCCGCAUCAGCGUCACCGGCGCCGAGCGCAGCUGGCUCAACACCAGCGUCAAGUGUCAGGCCACCAACACGCCGCUACUGAGUCCACAUGAACGGACGGCUAGAGUUGAAAUGAACUUACGUCCCACUUCAGUGUCAAUAGUGGACAAGCCCGGCCAACUGUCAGCCGACACCGAGGUCACGCUGGUCUGUGUGACCCACGGCAGCCGGCCAGCAGCGAUCGUCACCUGGUUCAGGGAGAAUAGGAAAUACACAAGAGGAAAGCACAGUGAGUUCAGCAACGAGACGUCGACGCUGAGCAGGCUGACGAUGCUGCCGCAGCCCGAAGAUGACGGCGCCGCCAUCCGCUGCCGCGCCGACAACCCCAUCCUCCGCGUAGCGUUGGAGGACUCCUUCAAGAUGAGCGUCGUUUACAGGCCCGUGCUGACCAUGUCGCUAGGCAGCACGUUGAACCCAAACGACAUAAAGGAAGGCGACGAUGUCUACUUCGAGUGCAACAUCAGAGCGAACCCCAAGGAGCACCGCAUCUCAUGGUACCAUAACGAUCAGCUCGUAACACAGAACAUGUCUUCAGGAGUCUUCAUCAGCACCAAGUCGCUGGUGCUGCAGAAGGUGACCAAGAAGGACGGUGGUCUGUACGCUUGCAGGGCUGCCAACCAAAUAGGAGAAUCUAGUAGCCAAGCUGUAUAUUUACGAGUUCAAUUCGCCCCGCUGUGCGCGCAGCUGACGCCGCAGGUGAUCGGCGCGCGGCUGGACGAGCCCCUGCGUGUGCGCUGCACCGUCAGCGCGGACCCCGCCGACGUGGCCUUCUACUGGCAGUUCAACAACAGUGGCGAGAGCUUCCAAGUGUCCCCUGCGAGAUACGCAGUGUCGACGGGCGGCACCUCCAGCGAGCUCCGGUACCGCGCCGCCAGCGAGCGCGACUACGGCGCGCUGCUGUGUCGCGCCACCAACGCUGUGGGGCGACAGAAGAAGCCGUGCGUCUUCCAGAUCGUGCCUGCUGCGCGUCCAUCUCCGCCAAGGAACUGCACGGCCAAGAAGACAAGCAAGAACAACGAAGCCUACCUCACGGUGCGCUGCGUGGCUGGAUAUGACGGUGGGCUCAACCAGCACUUCACCCUGGAGACUGUGGGGGACACGGGCAGGAUCCUGGAGAACAGUACAGCCAGCAAAACUGAUCUGACAGUAUGGCUCAACGUGAGCUGGUCGGAGCUGGAGGCCAUGCCUGACGAUGAGGUGCUGACGGUGACGGCGCGGAACAGCAAGGGAGUUUCUGACCCUGUCCUCAUCAGGGAUCUAGUCUACAAGGACGCUGCCAAGCAUAUAGAGGAGACGACACGGCUGACGUCGAAGUUCCCAGCGGCGGCGGCGGUGGCCGGACUCGCGGCAGUCGUGACGGCAGCUGCUGCGAUUGUCGUGCUUCUACUGAGAAAACGCAACGAGGCUACAUCCACCAGCAAGCGUCCAUCUCAGAGCGUGGUGCAGGUGGACGCCAACGGGCGACGCUACCUCAUCGCCUACCCCGCGCCCGCUGACAAGCCGGACACCAAGCCCGACAUCCUCAACCCUAAGGCUGAGAGCGAGCCUCCGCGCGUGGUCCUGGAGUCAAGUGACAGCAAAACCUACACCAUCAAGGAGGCGAGCCAGCCCUGCAAGUCUUCCUACCUCCCACCAGCCCCCGAGGAUGAUAUGAUGCCUCAAAGAUAACAUAGAAGGGGCGAGCAGCGCGUCGUGUAAAUAUACCAUUACAUUGUACAUUUCUUGAUUGCCAAUGAACAUAAGUUAAGAGAAUAUAGACGAAUUCUUCCAUAUCACUUUAAAUUUUCAUUCAUAUGAGAGGAAGAGAUCUCUUUAAAUGACUUCAAAAAAAGGACCCUACCGACAAAGACGUACCGCCAAGUGAUUUAGCGUGCGUGCGGUACGACAAGUUAGCCCGCUUCCAUCCUAGAUUGCAUCAUCACUUACCAUCACGUGUGAUUGUAGUCAAAGGCUAACUUGUAAAAAAUAAAAAAAAUUAGGCGAUUUUUUUUUAAUGUUUGUUACAUAACUUCGUCAUUUAAGAACCAAUUUUGAAAAUUAUUCUUUUGUUUGAAAAAGUUUACUUCCAGAUUAGUCCCAUUCCAUUUUCAUAAAAAUCGGUUUUGUAAUUUUGUGUUAAAAUAUAACUAUUAAAUAAAAUAACUGAAAUACGUCUUUGAAGUCGGUUCCAUUUUUAUUUUAAAUAGAUUAAAUUAAUUAUGAGUUUAACUCAUUUUGUAUGUGUUUAAGUAAAUUAAACUCACACAAAUUAUUAAACACAUAUAAAUACUCGAAUAAUCGAGUUAUGGAGGCUCUUUUUAUUUUGAAUAAAGAUCUCUUCUUCAUAUAUAAAGUUAAUUAUAAUAAUAUAAUAUUUAAUGUAAAUUCUAUGAUAUCUUUAAAUAAAUGU